GGGGGAUUUGGAGGGGGGACAGCAGGGGUGUGUUGGGGUGGGGGGAGUGGUGGGGGGUGUUGCUUAAAAACUAUAUCCUAGCAACUGGGGAGUAUGAUACCCCCGUGCCAGGUGCUCGCCGGGAUUGGUCAGUCGGGUGGCACUGACCCCUCCCCUGACGGUUGUGGCCCGUAGAAAAAAUAACCCGAACCAAAACAUCCUCCACACUGUACUCACUCCUGUGCACUUGAUCCACAUGCACUUUAAUCUCUGAUCUCUCGCUUUUUAUUUAUUUUACAUGUUCUGGUCUCUCCUUUUCUUUCUCGUUUUUCAUUUUUUCAUGUAUGUAUUCAUCGAACAGAUCUCGGUAAAAAUACACCUUGAUACAUGUGCCUUUGCCAUUUACUGAUCGCGUGGACGAGCCCCAGAGAAGAGAUCUUCAUUGGCACAGCAUGACUUCUCCCUAUGCAGCCAUGCCGUACUGCCCAGAGCACACCUUUCAACGCAGUAGACUGAGGGAGCCGUCGGCCUGUUUGUCCUGGGCAGAGAGUUCCCUCCUGGCCUCCAUGGCUCAGAGCCAGGCCUCUCAGACCUCGGACGGCCUCGGCCAGGACGUCUUUAACCAGCUGCUGGAGAUGUUCGACCAGUCGGCCUUCCACUCAGUGCAGCCCAUCGAGCUGAACUUCUCGGAGAGCCCGGUCAGCGGUUCUCCCAGCAACACCAUCCAGAUCAGCAUGGACUGCAUCACCAUGCACGAGGCAGAGGAGCCCUACACGUCACAGUACACAAACCUGACUCUGCUCAAUAUGGAUCAGAACAUCCAAAAUGGCGGCUCCACCUCCACGAGCCCCUACAACAAUGAGCACACGCAGAACAACGUGACUGCACCGUCGCCCUACGCCCAGCCCAGCUCCACCUUCGAGGCCCUGUCCCCGUCUCCGGCUAUCCCCUCUAACACAGACUACGCCGGACCCCACACCUUCGACGUGUCCUUCCAGCAGUCCAGCACAGCCAAGUCAGCCACAUGGACGUACUCUACAGAACUGAAGAAGCUGUACUGUCAGAUCGCCAAGACGUGCCCGAUCCAGAUCAAGGUUCUGACCAAUCCGCCCCAGGGGGCCGUGAUCCGGGCCAUGCCCGUCUACAAGAAGGCCGAGCACGUGACCGAGGUGGUGAAGCGCUGCCCCAAUCACGAGCUGAGUCGCGAGUUCAACGACGGUCAAAUUGCCCCUCCCAGCCACCUGAUUCGGGUGGAGGGGAACAGCCACGCCCAGUACAUGGAGGACUCCAUAACGGGGCGCCAGAGCGUUCUAGUGCCCUAUGAGCCGCCCCAGGUGGGAACAGAGUUCACAACCAUCCUGUACAACUUCAUGUGCAACUCCAGCUGUGUGGGAGGGAUGAACAGACGCCCCAUCCUCAUCAUCGUCACCUUGGAGACCAGAGAUGGCCAGGUGUUGGGUCGGCGGUGCUUUGAGGCGAGGAUCUGCGCCUGUCCUGGACGAGACCGCAAGGCGGACGAGGACAGCAUCCGCAAGCAGCACGUGACGGACGGAUCAAAGAGCAGUGAGGCCAACUACCGCCAGGCGUCCCACGGGAUACAGGUGUCCUCCAUCAAGAAGAGAAGAUCAACUGAUGACGAGGUUUUAUAUUUGCCUAUUAAAGGGCGUGAAAUCUAUGAGAUUUUGGUGAAAAUCAAAGAGUCCCUGGAGCUCAUGCAGUUUCUGCCUCAGCACACUAUAGAAUCCUACAGGCAGCAGCAGCAGAGCCUCCUGCAGAAACAGAGCAACCUGCCCACCCAGCCCAACUUCGGCUCCUGCUCCCCGCCCCACGGCAAAGUCAACAAGCUGCCCUCCGUCAGCCAGCUCAUUAACCCCCUGCAGCGCAACUCCCUCACGCCGUCCAGCAUGGCCUCCGGACUCACCGAUAUGAGCCCAAUGAUGAGUGCCCACAUCCCUGGCAUGAACACAGACAUGAGUGCUCUGAGCCCCACCCACAACCUGCAGACCCAGCUACCCAUGUUGCCCUCGUCCCACUGCACGCCUCCGCCACCCUACCCCAUGGACAGCAGCAUCGCCAGCUUUCUUUUGCGGCUGGGAUGCUCAGCCUGCUUGGACUACUUUACAGCUCAAGGCUUGACCAACAUCUACCAGAUUGAAAACUACAAUAUGGAGGAUCUCUCCAGGCUGAAGAUCCCGGCCGAUUUCCAGCACAUCAUCUGGAAGGGGAUCAUGGAGCACCGUCAGAACAUGGAGUUCUCCCCUCCUCCCCACAUCCUACGCACCUCCAGCGGGGCGUCCAGCGUCAGCGUGGGGUCCACGGAGGCGCGCGGCGAGCGCGUCAUCGACGCCGUGCGCUUCACGCUGCGCCAGACCAUCUCCUUCCCGCCGCGCGACGACUGGUCAGACUUCUCCUUCGACCUGGACUCCCGACGCAACAAGCAGCAGCGCAUCAAAGAGGAGGGGGAGUGAGCGCCCAAACAUCCACACACAUAUACAAAGAGAGAUAGAGAGAGA